AUGUCACCCCCCAAACAGUUGAAGAUCAUGGACGUGGUGAAAACCCGGAAAAAAGACCGGAGAAAAGACAAACAAGAUGGCGGCGACACACCUGGCUUGUCGGACGACCAGUCAGAUGCUGAAUCAAUCUCCUCCAAACUAUCGGACUCAAUGAUCACAGAACGAAGUCUGCAUAGAAUGCUGCAAGACCUCCGCUCUACCAUUAGGAAGGAUUUCCUACAAAUUGACAGUGAACUGAGGAAGGAAAUUUCAACACUGGGCGAAAGAACCAGCCAUCUUGAAAACAAAUCCGAUGAGCUAUGUGUAGCUCACAACGAAGUUGUUGAUAAACUUCAGAAACUCUCAGAAGACAACAAUAUGCUUCAAUUAAAAUUAGCAGAUCUAGAGGAUAGAUCCAGAAGGCAGAACGUAAGAUUCAGGGGUAUACCGGACGAUAUAUCCCACGAUGCUCUUCCUGCUUAUAUACUAUCUAUUUGUAAAAUCUUAGUUCCAGACUUACCAUACUCUGCAUGGACUUUUGACCGCAUGCACAGACUUCCACGCCCGGCAC